AUGUACAAGAAUGAGAAUGUGGGAAGUCAUGUUCAAAUUUUGAUGCAACCAUCAAAACAAGCUAAUUCAUUUGGAGAAAGCAUUUAUGAUACUGGGUCAGAUUUAAUCAGAAGCGAAUUGGGUGCCUAUGGAGAGAAGCUCUUAGGAUCAGGCUCGGCCUACGUGCAAAGCAAUAUUAGCAGAUAUCUGUCCAACCCUAGAUAUUAUUUUGAGGUCAAUGAUCAGUACGUGCUUAAUAAAUUGAAAGUGAUCCUGCUUCCAUUUCUACACAGGGGACAUUGGAUGAGAACAACUGAGACAAUAGGUGGUGAAUUAUCUUAUAAGCCUCCAAUUUAUGAUAUUAAUGCACCGGAUUUGUACAUUCCAUUGAUGGCAUUUGGUACCUACCUAGUCCUGGCUGGCUUCAUUUUGGGCAUCAAUGGGAGGUUCAGCCCUGAAGCUUUAGGCUUGCAAUUAACAAACGGAAUUCUUUGCUGGUUAUUCCAAGUUCUCCUGCUUGAAGCCACAUUACACACAUUAGGAGAUGGAGACGUGCCAUUACUUGAUGUUGUUGCUUAUGGUGGCUACACUUUUGCUGCAGUGGCGGUCGUCCUGCUAUCAAGUAUCGUCUCCACUUAUUUCUUCUACGCAGUCACAUUGUGGGAAUGCUUUUGUUUGGGAAUGUUCCUCGUCAAGAUCAUGAAGAGGAUUUUGAUUGCUGAGGUGAGAAGUUCUGAGAAGCAUUCAAGCAAGCGCCACUAUCUCUUGCUACUUGUAGCCAUUACCCAGCUCCCGUUGCUCUUUUGGCUUGGAAAUGUUGCUGUUUAG